UUCCUAAUCUCCCAACAAGUUCAAACCAAUUGAUUUAUAAAGUAACCCCCUUUUCUUUCUCUUUUCCCUUCACCUACAUAACUACUCGUUCACCAAAAACAUACAAAAACAUGACCGGCGGUCGCGUCUUGUGUACGUCUUUGUUUCUGCCUUACACUGUAGACUUUCAAAUUGCAAAGGACAAGAAAUCUCGGUACACUGCGGCAUUAACAGCAGCCUCAGCCAACAACAACCAACCACCAAUCAUUGGAGCAACAGGAGCCCCAGGCGCAGCAACUACAUGCGAACCUAAUACUUUAAUUGACAGUUUAGCUGCACAACAGCAUCAGCAGCAACCAUCUCUUGGAGCAGCACUAACAACAACGGAAACGACUUUAGAAGCAACGUCAGUAUCAACUACAACCCCGCUGUCAGCAGACGAAGAGACUGAUCAAGAAGGCGUCGUAUUCGAUUUCAAAAAACCAGAACAGUUAAUUCAACCAAAAAGUAAAGCACAACGAGAAGAAGAUUUGAAACGACUGCCUGCCUUACAAGCAUUGCAUCAUCGUCGACAGAACUCCAUUGAUAGUCCGAGUGUGUUUGACGAAGCGCCAUGGACGGUCAAGCCGGGCAUUGCAGGCAAUAUUGGUUUACACAAUGCUAUGGUCUCGAUCCGCGAUCAAAUCGAUAAAAAAUGCAUGUGGGUUGGUACGCUCGGCAUGUCAACGGAUCCUUUAUCGCAACAGACGCGCGGCAAAAUCCAAUCCACUAUGAUUAUGGAACACGACUCAUAUCCGGUCAUGCCAUCGGAUGCAGAGUUUGAGUGUCAUUAUAAUCGAUAUUGUAAACAGGUGUUAUGGCCGUAUUUCCAUUACGUGGUGCAAGACGAUCUUCAAAACAUGAUGUAUCAGGACGAUGCAUGGGACGCCUAUGUGUCACUUAACCAGAGAUUUGCAGAUGUAAUUGUGGAAAACUAUCAGGAUGGUGAUAUCUUGUGGGUUAAUGAUUAUCAUCUGAUGCUAUUGCCGGGCAUGUUGCGAAAAAGAAUACCCAACGCUAUUAUUGGCUUCUUCUUACAUAUUCCUUUCCCAAGCUCUGAACUGUUUCGAUGCUUGCCUACACGAAAGCAGCUUUUGGAAGGCAUGCUAGAAGCGGAUCUAAUUGGAUUCCAAACAUAUUCUUUCGCCCGCCACUUUCUACAAACGUGUUCUCGUAUUCUUUCGCUCGAUGCAACUCCAUCAGGCAUACAGAUGGAUACUCACUAUGUAACGGUCGGAAUAUACCCCAUCGGCAUUGAUAUUAAUGCGCUAAACAAAAAGAGAUCGGCUCCAGAGGUCCUUCGAUCGAUCGACAUGUUACGAGACAAAUAUGCUGGAAAGAAACUCAUUGUCGCUCGUGACAAGCUGGAUUACAUUAAAGGUGUCCGACAAAAGCUCCUUGCUUUCGAGCAAUUUCUCGUACGGCAUCCUGAAUGGCGUGGAAAGGUUGUUCUGAUCCAAAUCGCGCUAUCCACUGCCGAAAAAAACGAACUCCGUGCCCAUAUUACGGAUGUCGUAUCGCGCGUCAACUCCAAGUUCAGUAACAUCUCUUAUCAACCGAUCGUUUUCCUUCAUCAAGACAUUUCAUUUUCGCAGUACCUGGCUUUGCUCACUGCAGCAGACGCUUCUUUGAUUACGCCACUGAGAGAUGGCAUGAAUCUGACCUCACACGAAUAUAUUGUCUGUCAAGAAAAUAACCACGGACCGCUAAUUUUAAGUGAGUUUACUGGAACGUACGGAAGUUUUGGUGCUUGUCUCCGAGUCAACCCAUGGGAUUAUCGACAAGUUGGAAAUGCCAUCCAUGAAGCUUUGUCUAUGAGUGAGGAAGAAAAAACUGGACGGUGGAAGGAAUUAUAUAAGAGUAUAGUGACGAACUCUGCACAAAACUAUGCGAGCACCAUUAUAUCAGAAUUAUCCAAGAUUCGUAGCGAUGAAAUGCAUCGAAUGUCAGCACAGAUUCCACCUUUAGAUGUUGAGCACGUCAAACAGCUCUUCAAAGCAAGCAAAAACCCGCUAUUUCUCUUCGAUUAUGGUGGAACGCUUGUGCCACAUGGAAAAGAUGUUGGCGCAAACGAUUUGGAUCGACUGACUGAAUUAUUGACCAAGCUUACGAAGAAGAGUGCAGUCUACGUGAUCUCAGGACGGACGCGGCCCAACAUCGAUCGUGAUCUGGGAGGCAUACCGAAUCUUGGUUUGAGCGCUGAAAAUGGAUAUCAUAUUAGACCGCGCGGUGAAGAUUGGCAACAAAUGCAUGCUAAUGUGGAUCUUUCCUGGAUGCCUGCUGUCAAGGAGAUUUUCCGAUACUAUACGGAACGAACACCCGGUGCAUCUCUGGAAACCAAGGAUAUCUCCAUUGUCUGGCAUUAUCGCAAAACCACUGUGGGUCAAGAUGCACAAUUCGCUAAAUGGCAAGCUGGCGAGUGUCAAAACCACAUUGCAGACUCUGUCAACAAAAACUUCCAAGUACACGCAGUCACCGGAAAAACCACAAUCGAGGUCCUUCCUCAUGAUAUUAACAAGAGCGCUAUUGCCAAUCGCAUUAUGCAAGAUAUCAACCCAGAUUUUGUUUUAUCCAUUGGUGAUGAUCGGAUGGACGAAGAUAUGUUCGCAUUUCUCAACAAACAAAAAAUUCCUAAUGUUAUCACCUGCACCGUCGGAUCGCGUAGUACAGAGGCCAAAUACUUUGUGCCAAAUGUGCAAAGCGUGCAUAACACGCUGGAAGCGUUCACAACUGCUACUUCUACAAAAUAGAAUAAAAAAAUACGCAUCUUCUCUCUCAAGAGCGUGUAUACAGAUACAGCGACGACCGAAGGUCGGAGUGUGGAACGCCCUACUAGAACGAUCGUAUCCCUCUGUCUGUGAGGUCUACACUUGUUGUUGUGGCAAGAGUCACUGCUUAGCUGUAUGUGUGGGCUGGAGGAACCACCAUAGAUGCGGCAUAUACACAAAGCUUGGGCAUCUUGCAGCAGCUUCACCUGUUUU